CGCACUGUAUUACGCAGGCGCAUAGACAACAUUCGUAUUCUUGCCACAUAAGUAAAACUGUUUAGAAAAAAAUGCGCCGCUCUCAAGAAUAUCAAACAAUUAAGGAUAAUAGCAAUUGUGUUAAUGUGGAUGUGGGCAGUGAAAGUUAUUCUUCUGAAACCGAUUCUGGCAGUGCUGAUGAUUCCUACAGCGAUGGCAGUGAUAUGGCCAAUUGGGAAGAGUUUGUGUCGGAAGAUGGCUCAUUGUUUUAUGUAGAGUAUAUGCCAAAAGAUUUGAGCAAACUCCAGACUGAAGGUAAGGUAGAGUUUCUGAGAAAUUCCUUGAGGAUGGCUAAAAAGUCGUCAAGAAGACAACAAACUGGCCUAAAACCAACAGAACCGGCUGAGGAAGAGAAAAAUAAAAAUAACCAUUUUUUGUUUAGCAAUAUCGCCACGUCUGAAGAAGCUAGCAAGUGUUUGGAAUUGGUUAUCACAGCGGCUGAUCGUUUUCGUUUUGGUCGACGUUCUACGGCUGUCGAAUCUAUUUUAGGUUUUCAUGUUGUCCCAUUUGCUGACCAACCCGAGUGUUUAAUGGUGGAUAGUUUUGUACACGAUAUGCCUGCACUAUUUCAACAGGGCAAUCUUAAGCCGGUGUCUAGGGGUGACUGGUUUAAAACAUUGGAUGACAUUGAAAUAAGAGCCAGCAAUGUAGAUGACUUGCUGUUGCAAUUUGUGGAACCCACUAAGGUUUGCUUGAAAUUUCAGGGUCCCCUUAAAACAGAAACUAAUGAAGAUAAUGCCAAUGGCGGUGGUGAUGCCUCUAAUGAGGUAAAAAAGAUUGAAAACUUGCAUAAAUUUUCGGAAAUGUUUGAAAAGCUACAAAAUUUUAAUGAAAAUUCCCAAACAACAACUUCCGAAUCAAGCAUGAGUUUUGGACUUUUAAUUUUGCCACCAGAAUGCUAUCAAGACGAUGAACAUAAAAAUUCAUUGUAUUACUAUCCCGAAGAUCCUUUAAAUAACUUUUUAUACAAAGCUCGAGGCAGUUUUUUAACUUUAAAUGCGGUGCUUACCGAAGAACUGAAAACGAAACCGUCUGCCUCGAAAUUGGCCUUUGAUAAUGUGCAAUAUUUUGUGUAUUAUCGCAAUUUGAAUGGUUUCCUUGUACUAUUUUCUUAUCCCUGUAACAUGGUGAAUCUGUCCGAAGGUAAUUUAAGGGCCGACGAAUUGUUGACUUAUAUAAAAUUAAUGUUUCCCAACAUAAGCCUGGAUAGUUUUAAAAAUGCCGAUUUUCGCCAAUUUAUGUUGGACUUCUGUGAAAUACAGCGGGUGCGCUUAUUGGCCAAGGUAGAGAAAAAGGGUUUUGUUACGCCCUUAGAGGACGUUUUGAAAGAAUCUCGCCAUCUUCCUCUACCCAAAGAAGCUCAACUGCGUAUUUUUGAUGCCCUAAGUGAAAUGGAGGCCAUGGACUAUCGUAAUUGGAAUGAUGAACCCUUGCACACCCAUCGAGAGUUCUUUAUUUACGGCAGUGUACUCUACUAUGAUCAAUUUAUGCUGGCCUCCCAAAUGCCUUUGGAUAUGCGCCAUCACAUAGAGGUAUUUAUGAGAUGUCGCGGUAUUUUUGAUUUCGUUAGUAAACACAGCACUAAGGAAUUGUAUAUAUGGGAAGAAAUAAUUUUACCCGAAACUCCUGGACGACAUUUCCUGGCAAUUUGUGGACGUGGCCAUUUGAUAUUGCCGGUAAUUUUGAAAAUUUUCGCCACACCCGACUUAGAAGAAGAGGAGAAGGUGGUGCCCUCGCUAUUCUACAUAGAAGAGAUACAAGAAACCCUGGACCAUUUGGUACAGUGUGGCAUAGAGUCUUUGGCCAUGUUUUGGUCGGUCUCUAAUAAAAGACCAGAGAUAUUAGAAACAUCUAUAAUGGAGGAAGAAGCUCAAGUAGUGGGAAAAGAUGUGAAAAAAUCAGAUACUGCUACUCUCAUCAAGCAGAAAUUACAUGUUACAACUAGUCAGGCGGGCAACUCAAAAGACUCCAACUCCAACAGUAAUAUUUACACACAACGCAGCCUAUCCUAUGAUGAGGACAAUCAACCCUGCUCAUCUUUGGGAGGCUCCUCUGUGCACAGCCUUACACCCAGUGAAGAUGAUUCGAGUAAGAAACGCCUCAUAACCAGUGCCAACAAUGAGGCCAGCGACGACAGUGGUUCUGAUUGGGAAAAUUUCAUGGAAGAGAAUCUUUUGCACUGCAGCGGCACAGAUGUUCAGUUGCAGACCCAGGUUACCGAGUCAUUGUGGAAGGAAAUUAGCAAUGUUGUGCCAGUUAAAAUCUCUGCCGGCUGGAAAAAUAAUAUUUUCUAUUAUGUGUACGUAGAUGGCACAAAUAAUUCGGUAUUUUGCCCAUUGAAAUCAAGUAAAGAAACAUUUCCCUUUACCGCCGAAAUGUCCACGGCCUUUCACACCAUACAUCAAGUACUGCAAAAGGCGAAAUUUUCGAAACGAGAUUCGUCGAGACAAAUAAAUGGCAAGGAUUUAGUAGCCGUCAAGGAGCACGGCAUGACAAUACGCAUACGCGAUGUAAAAUCUGCGGACAAUAAACAUUCAUAUUUUACUGCGGUUGGACGUUUAUUUCUAUCACCGCCCAAGGAGGUUUAUAUAUGUCACCGUCCUGAUAUUCCUCAAAAUAUGGUGGAAAUGGCGUUUAGAUUGUCAUUUUUCUCAUUGGGUUAGAAUGAUUGUGUUCGAAUUACAUUUUACAAUAGUUUUAAGUUUGAUUUUAAUGCUAUGAAUAUAAUUUAUAAAUAUUAUUGAAGAUUUUUUUCUAUUUUUGCAAUAUUUACAAUAAACUUUUUUUAAAAAGAGUUGGUGGCGGCAGUGUGCACUAAUAAAAUAUUUGAUAUCUUUUUAAUUAAAUGAAA